UUCAGACCAGCAGGCUUACAAAAGGUGAACCCAAAAUUUUGCUCACAAGAUCCAAAAGAACCAGGGACCAAUACCAAAGAAGGAAGCACAAGACGAAAAAGAUUGUUUUAGUUGACCAUGAUGAUGAGGAACUACCAGCUGCUUUCCUUCCUCUUGUCCUGGGCUCUGGUGGCUUGUUUCCCUGUGGUCGAAGGUCAAAACUAUUCGGCGUUCCGAACUUCCGGAGAAUUGCGUGUGGCGGUAGAAUCCUGGAUAGCCGAUGACACCGAGCAAGUCAUCGCCACCUAUGGGCCUAUUGACGUGUGGGAUGUCUCACUUGUAGAUGACUUUAAAGGACUCUUCCAGGGACACGCCAGUUUCAAUGACAAUAUCACUUCCUGGGACACACGAAGCGCUACUGACAUGGACCGCAUGUUUUUUGGAGCCACAAGUUUCAACCAAGAUCUUUCCAAUUGGAAUACUACCAAGGUGACUUCCAUGGUUAGCACCUUCCAAGCCGCCACGGCGUUUGCAGGUGACAUUUCCACCUGGCAAACUGGGCAAGUCAAAAGUAUGGCAGAUAUGUUCCGAGGAGCUUCUUCGUUCAACACGGAUAUUUCAUUUUGGGAUGUGACAAGCGUCCGGGACAUGUCCACCAUGUUUUGGGAAGCACUUGCGUUCAAUAUGGAUAUUUCCAAUUGGGAUGUGAGCCGCAACAAAGAAUUUACCGGUACCUUUCGAAAUGCAACAGCCUUUGGACAGAAACUCUGUUGGGUGUUCCGAGAGGAAGCCAUUGUCACCGGCAUGUUCUGUGGCACCAAGGAUGCCAGUAUCUGCGAGGACAAAAUCUGUAACCACGAUCUCUAUCACGACGACAAGUGCGUCCGGCCCAGUGUGCUUGCCCUAACCGGCUGCGACGCACCGCUUGCUAGUGCCGCCUGGAAGCCGCGACCCCUUGUGUUGAUGGCCGUGACGACAAUCAUGGCUGCCCUUGCAAUGGCUCUUUGAUUGCAUUGCAUGUAAGAAGCUUGCCUGUGAACUCUUUGCUCCUAUCAUGAUGGCCUAAUUUAUUAAUUAGCCAAGAGGAUGAGAUAGAUACCCAAUAAACUUGUAGAUUGGUUCUGUCUGAAAGUACCCUUGCAAAAAUUAAAAAGGCAUAUCCUUUGGUCCUCUUCUGCAAUCCACAGGACUGACUCGGGACAACCUCAGGGAAGUCUAAGUUGGUGGUUCAAUGUACCUUGUCUACACUACAUGUACCGCACGCCUUUCUGCCUGGGGACCAUGGCCUGCCAGCAACGCCAAGGUCGUUGACCAAUUCAUUCGAAGGGUAGGACCAGGGUGGUAACGGAAACCUGAUUGGAGUAACAAGGUGCCGUAAGCGGUGGCUUUCUGCCCAAAUUGCACCAUGCAAAACUGCUCGUAGACUACCAGUACAGUACUAGUAGCUAGUUAAAAUGU